AUGUCAAUUGGAAAAGUAGAUAACUCCACCACUUGCUUUAAUUGGUUAGAAAAGGCAACAUCAGAAGAUUACAUCAAAUAUUAUGAUUAUUCAAAGUUCACUAAUGAAGAAAAAAUUGUUGGUUCUUUUGGAAAAGUUUUUCGUGCAAACUGGAACGAUUCUGAUACCGUUAUGGUUCUAAAAUCUUCUCACAAAGCAGAUAUAAAAGAACUCAUUAAUGAGUUAUUUCUAAGUAAACUCAUACAAGAAUAUAACUUGGAAUCAAUAGAUAAUGAAGGCAAUCCACACAUAUUAUAUCAAGCAAAAAAAUAUUUUUUGGAAAUAUUUGAUGAAGAGGAUAGUAUGGAAGUUCUCAUUGAUAAGUUAAUUCUACUUUUAAUUAAAACCCAGGAUGAUGGAAAUGGCUUUAAUGAAACUCGACAUUUAAUUAAUCAAUGUAUCUUACUUUCAAAUCGUGAAGCAUUUAAAUUGUUUUUAAGUGCUUCAAUGAAUAAUUAUCCUAUUGUACAAGUAUAUCUUGCAAAUUGUUAUAAGGAUGGAUAUGGAAUCGAAUUAAAUUAUAAGUUAGCGUUUUAUUGGAUACAAAAAGCCAUAAGAAAUAAAAGUAUUUUUGGACAACUUAUUCUUGGCUUGUAA